CUUGUGCCAGCUGCAUCGAUUCCUCGGUGCGUGUCGCAUUAUCAAUUUUUUGUAAUUUCAACUAAUUUUGAAAUGACCAUUGACUACUCCGGGGGCUCACUGCUGACUAUUUGCUGAGUAAUGAGGGGAGUCAGACCAUAAAUUGAGGAUUGAGUUACUCGAUCGGUAGCUGGAUGCCGGAAUUUAACUGGUGUCACUGGAGAUCGCCACAGAAACUCCAGGUACUUCUCGCAGCAGGAUAUGGACCCCCCGAGCUCCAGAAGGAAGUACAAGAUGACACUGACGUGCGGUUAACACUCUUGGACACAGCUGAGGGGCUGAGAACCGGGCCGAAAUCUAGGGAAAGAGAGAAGGAGAAGCAGGUACCAUCACGUGCACGUAAAUGGGUACGGAGUUCUCGUCAAGUAUUAAUUGGUGGUUGUGGCAACGCCUCCCGGUGCCCUCAGCUGUUCGAAGGUCACGGGGUUAAAGGUACAAAGUACAGAAAAAUAAGAGCAGAGCAGAAUCCCGGUGAUAAGGCUGCGGAGCUAUUGCUAAAAAGCAAUCCCCCAGCGCAUGACCUUCUCGAUGAUUAAAUCUCCUCGAUGACCUCCACGUAAUAAUAAAAGCUGAAGAGGCCUGUCAGCGGCAUUGGCCGUAUUCCCCAGUUGCACAACAGUCCAGCAUAACGUCAAUUUAUUGAACGCAAUGAACAAGUGCACUCAUGCAAUGCAUUAGAAAAUGCAUUAGAGAAUGUCGCGUAUCACUCGAUAUCUCUUGCUGAUGAACCUGGCGACAGACGACCGGGGAAAACUACUUGUUCAUUGAUGAGUUUAAGUGGAAAACUUUACAGCGAUAAAGAACUUUCCCGCUUCAGACAGAUACCAGGACUCCAGAUCCAAUCAAAGGCAAGUGGAAAUCUCAUUGGAAAUUUCGUCAGGCAGAGCUGAUGGCAGGGGAGGGGAACCAGAAUUUUCCACAGCCGAGUUUUCCUCAACUCCGACUUGAACUUUUAUUAACAAAUUCUCUCCGCAGACAGUCCCCGCCAUAAUCACUGGACAGAUACAUAUUUUUGAUUACAUAUUCCUCUCGUCCAAUUGAUAAAUUCGCAGAAAUUACUUCAGAAUAAAUUACCGUAUCCAGACUUGGAAAAUCAGUGUCACUGCGUGCAACCAAUAACAAUCGAUAAUGCAGGAAGUAUCCGUAAGUCGUGCAAGCACGUGACUACAUUGAAAACAGUUCAAUUAUCCCCGGCCUUCCAAUUGCUCUGGGGGUAUGUACUCACAAAUAAUUUGAUUCCGCGUAUCGAGAGUAAAAAAAAGUAAAUUGAAAAUAUUCUGAUAAAUGCGAAAUUGACUGCGUCAUGAAAUUCCUCGGAAACGCGACGGUGAACAGAUUGUAAAUUGCGUCUUGGGUGUGCUGAAUUGAUUGGAGAUGUGGAAUUGACUGGUGCAGAUGAACUCGUCUGAUACACUCACAUGCAGAAAUAAAUUGAACACACCUACUCGAACGAACCCAAUCACGCGCUUGUGCACCUGAGUUGCGACCAGUUGAAAUAUCCCCGACGACACGUGUUGGACGGACACGAGAUGUGCGCGAAUCGGUAGAGUCCACACGAGAGUAUUUUCAGAUUGAGGGGUGUGGGGGGGAGUAUUUUGCAUUAAAAUAAUGGCAAGCGAAAGAGUUGAUUCAUCCCACAACAAAAAAAAAAAAUUUCUAAAUUUCACACGCGUUUUGGAGAGAUUCAUGGGACAGUAAAAAAUAAUUUAAUAAUAAAAAUGAUGUGAGUUUUUAAAAUUAAUAAUAUAAUAUUUGGAAAUGUCGUGGGAAUUCACGCAAUACUGAUCACUCAUUUACCGAUUUUUCUGACAAAUUGAAAGGUGAUUUUAUUACCGAACUUGUUUCCAUUCAUAAAUAUUCAUUACAAUGUGUACUCACCCCACGUGGUACGGGGACAGUCGUUUCACGAGUAUAAAUUGGAGCAUCAAGGUCACUGACACUGCUACUCAUACUUGGCGCACGCGAUUCGUUCCUCCCCAAUGGUACUGACAAUUGCGAGCCGAGGGUGGGUCGCAGGGGAUGGGAUUCCGCGAUGAAGCCCUCGCCGAAGUCGUCAUCAUCGCGGUCCAUUGUGACCAGUUGAAAGCUGACUGGGAAAAAAUAAUAAUAAUGACGAAUGGAAAUAUCAUAAAUGUAAAUGGACAUACCAUAAAAGUCAACCGGGAAAAGCAUAUAAUGAGGGAAAGAUGAAUUCCAUGCAUUGACGAUGCGCAGUUGAUGAUGCAAGAUUGGGAAUUAGCCCAUGGUUGACGGCCACUGUGCAGCUUUCCCCUCCUGUCCAAGUAUUUUGGCGAGGGAUCAAGGCUACAACGGGACCCAAAAAUCGCAUACGAAUAGUCUUUUUCGAGGGAAUAAAUUCCUCGUCGUCGAGGAGUUGAGGGCUUUAAGGCGCGAUCUCUUGAUUUUUUGCAAUUAUUUUCAGAGAUGUCACACAGCGGAAAAUAUCUUUACGCACUCAUUGAUUGGUUUAAUUAUACCUACUUUGGUUCUUUCCCGGGUUAUGAGUCAUGAGCUAGACGUCUACGAUCUUGUUCUUCACGUGUCAAGAGUGAGAACGCCUAGAAAAAAAAAUUAGUCUAUUCGGUAAUUUUCAAAGUCGGAACCACUCUGCCCCCAUCCGAAUAUUCAUUUUGCAAUAUUACGUAAAUUUCCGGACAGUUGUGGCGGACAUUUUGCAAUAUUCCUGACAUUCGUGGAUUCCGAAAUUAAAAAAAAAAUCGAAAAAAAUUCUAUCGCGUUCCACGAGCACACGGAGUCAAAUGACUUUAAUGAAGGAACAACAGUUGUGACGCGUGAGCUUUCGUCACCUGCUUGGCAGCUUGCGACAUAAUCUUUUUCUUUUUUUUCUCUUUCAAUGUCGCCGGUUGGGUGGGAUAAUCGAGAGCCCGUGUCGUUGUUUUUUUCAUCUCCUUUAUCCCUUCAUUUUCGGACGGGGGGAGAAAAAUCUCCCGAAAAGUUCAUUCUCGUUCGACUCCUCUAAAAAAUUAAACUCAAAACAUUUUUUCCUCUCGUCAAUAAAAUAGUCUAAUUUUAAAAGCGACCGAUACACCAUUUUUUUUAAGGUCUCUUUAAUUUUUAAUGUUCUUUUCUCUCCGUGUGGGAUCGUCUCCGAGUCCAUCCUCUAUAGCGACCUGGCGUUAUUUCCAUCUCGACGAGUGGAACGUGGCGAGUGGCGCCACGAAAAUUUUUAAAAUUAGCGUUCGAUUACGCACUCCAUUCAGAAUCACGUAACGAUUUUUCACGUUUCCUGAAAAAAAAUCCGCGAUAAUCAUCAAUGAACCCGGCUAUCUCCAUGAAUGAAGAGCCACUGGGACACGAUCCGCAACGAUCUUCAAUCCCAAUAAAUCCCAAUUAAGAUAAGUCUUAUCGGACGUCAGCUGCAUAAUUGCAGUUGCAUCUGCCGGUAAUUCACGCGCAAUCUUGAACCCUCGGGACGUCAUGCACUGGAGUCACAUGUGCGAUGACUGAUAAACAAUCGAACAAUUUUUUCUUCAGGGACACGUCAAAUUCCAGAGCGAAUAAUAAAAUCGGGUUCAUAAUAAACAGUUGUUAUUGAGGGGUUCAGAGUAGGAGGCGGAAAAAUCUGUGGUAAAGUGGUAAAACUAGUUAAGACAACUCAUCUCCAGUCGUGAUUUAUUAUAAAAAUCGCGAAACCGAGGGGUGGGGGCGGAUAUUUCAUCCCUGGAAAUUAAAUCCUGGUCAAAAAAAAUUACUAAACUGAAGGGAUAAAAUUUACGGUACCCCAGAAUGAAAUUUCUCUAACCUAUAAUGAAUAUUAAUCAUCAAUCAGGGGACAAAUAAAUUGCACUAAAAAUAAUUGUCAAAAAACAUUUCUAUCAAUGCAACUUAUAUCAUCCCCUCACUUCACUUGAAUACUUAGUCUAGUGGACAUGGAGAUGAGGAAUUACCUCGUGGAUCCAAAUAACUGGGACCUCCCGCGAAAUGUUGACCAGCACGAGAAGUCGAUGAGUGGCUUUUUCCCUAAAUAAUCACUCCCAGUAGGUAAAUCGGUUCACGGUGGCUCCCAACAGGAGAAAAUAGCGCGCAACGGGAGAAUUAGUGUCACGAAAAGGGAAUGAAACCCCUUGAAAAAGAGCAAGCAAACCGCACCAACUGAAUAUGCUCUUGAGACUGAACCAGAGGACGCGACUUCGUCGUCGGUGAUGGACCAAAGACGUAGUCGCGUCUCAUCUGCGAUUCUCCAAUGCUAGAUUUAA